GUUAGGCAGGGUGUUUGGUGUUCGUUGUAUCCUCUUGGGCCACACAAUCCUUCUUUCGACGGUACAUUGACAACGGUCGGAGAAGCUCUACACUUUGCAUACAUUCUACCAUUCUACCAGAUGGAAUCGAGCGCAACAGCAGCCGUGAGGGGGGCAAAUCCCUAUCCCAUCCCAGCAUUCAUCGGUCCCUUGGUGCGAAGCCGACAAACCACGCCGUGCCCAACAUAUUUCGAGGUGUCAUUUCUGGAGAGCAAGUUACCGAGAAAACCUGCGCGGAGGUUGGACGCCAUCGUCUUCAAGAAUUUCUACUGUUCGCACAUCACCAUCAAGCAGCGCAGACAGCGCUUCGACACAGCAACAGCGGCGGACUGUGGAAAAGAUGGAGACCCUUGGCUGACGAUUCUGCGAGACAGGCCCUUGAUGGAAGAUCCCCACCACGAGGACGAUGCGCAAUACUGGCACGUGGUGAGAUCGGAGGAGUUCGAUCCAGAGGAGUACGACGCGGAGUCGACGGCGCCUAUCAGGAUCUACCUUUACCAGUCGUCUCCUAUGUGGAAGACCUUCGGCUUGCAUCACGUCAAAGCCGUCGGUUGGUCGAGAGCGGGUUCAAGCAAUGGAGGAAGAGACGACGAGAGAGAAGCGGACGGCAAUCUCGGAGACUUGUGUAGAGGCAUUAGCGAGCAAGUGAAGAUAUUCGGCGACAAACACAGGGGCUAGGCGAACGUCAUGAACAAUCUGUACAGACUUGUUCGCCAUGUACGAAAUCAUUUCUAUAGCCGACAAACGAACUACCGUGCAACCUUACAAGUAGAUAUGCCCAUUUGCCCUACGAACACGUUCAGUAUCGUUGUUGAAGGCGUUCUCAAAGCUCCUUGCGCAUAAUGGCCUCCGCCCAGUAUAGUGUUGCUACGAGUCACUUGGUGGUUUGGAAAUACGACGUACCGUAGCUUUUUUAUCCUUGGGAGGAAGGAUGCGCCGCAAAGCAUUUCCUCUGCGUGACCCUGGACCGGAGCUCUUGGGGGAGGAACGACACGGUAUAGGGUACAUUUGCAACACCUACCAUCAGAUCAGCGGCAGUGCAGUCUAUGGCAAAAACGAAAAAAUCACACGAUUGUAUAAGCAAAUCUGUGGUGGCAGGAAUAUUGGAAUGCAAGGAUCCAUUCAGACACAUUCAAGGUGCAGGAAAAAACGAUCCUAAGAAGCGUUCCGAGCACCCUUGGGAACUCGGGAAAACACAGAUGGAUACAAAGAAAUACCAUAUGCCACUUGCUGAAAAUGAGUGGGCGGGUUGCUUGUGGCACUGCCCUGCUCUCUAUAUUAAUGGGCCGUCUUGCCCACAUAUCAACGGAGACCUCCUGCCUGCCUGCUGUAGCAGGGUGAAGCUAUCACGACCUUGGGAUCCUUUUAGCAUGUCGCCUACGGAUUAAGCCUAAGUCGUCAAGCCGACUUUGCUGGUAUUUGUCGCUAAGCACUCUGUGCCAUGAAUCUAAAUCAGACAAACUGCGGCUUUUUCCCCGUAGCGGAAAAACAUGUCCGAAAACCGGGGUCGUCCACAUACCCAACAAGCGUGCGACAAACCCAU